UGAGGUCAGGAGCCUUUCUAAUCCAAAGGUUUGCAGGAAAUUACCAGUUCCUUGUCAUGUUUCAUUGGCAACGCUUGGGAUUUGAACUGGGGCCUUCUCUUCCUGGCCCCUUUGUUAGCUGGCACCUCCCCUCUGACCGGGAGCGUCUCUCCCUCCAUCCCAGCAGCCUGUAAGGAAGAGGGCCGUUUGGGAUCCACCCCAGCCACGGCAGCCCACCAGUUCCUAAGGGAGCGGUUCCCAAGCUCGGAUUCCCAAACGUCGGCAGAUGGCCUCUUCUCCGGGACACCAUGAGGAUGGCUCUUGCUGUUCCCACCACUCCGUGGCGGUGCCGAGUGUUCACCAGACUCUGGACGAGAUGGAUUUCGAGAGAGGGAUUUGGUGUGCGGCUCUGAAUGGAGACCUCGAAAGAGUAAAAAGUCAGAUCUUGCGCCACGGCAAACCCAGUGAACCAGACGCCUUUGGGUACACGGCUUUGCACUACGCCAGCCGCAACGGGCACUACCACGUCUGCCGCUUCCUCUUGGAGAGCGGCGCCCUCUGCAACGCCCAGACUCACGGUGGGGCCACCCCACUGCACCGAGCGGCUUAUUGCGGCCACGUCGAUGUCGCUGAGCUGCUGUUGGAACACGGGGCUGAUCCGACCAUCGCGGACGACGAGGGAAGGACCUGCUUGCACAAGGCGGCAGAGAAGGGACACCGGGAGCUUUGCAGCCUCUUGCUGGCGCAGGAUGCGGACCUGCAACACCUCCGGGACCAGAAUCUGAAACGGGCCUGUGACCUGGUCCCCGACACGGACCAAGACCUGCGGGAGCAGCUGGCAGGCCCGUGACUUGGCGGGCGGUGGCUGCAGAGGACCUGGGGAGGGGUUGGGGGCCCCCCUUUUCCGGCAGAUGGCUCCCUCGCUGGCAUGCUCUGGUUUUCUAGCUGGGGUGGGCGGGCAACACCUGCCCAUGGUGUUCCCUGUCCACCUUGAUCCAUUUAGAGCAAAGGAUGUCCCAUCUGUGCGGCUCUUCAGAUGUGGUUGGACUGCAGGGCCCAUGAGCCCCAGCCAGGCUAGCUGUUGGAGAGGGGCGAGGGGAUUUGUAGUCAAGCAAACCUCCAGAGGUUAAAAACGACUUGGU